UGCGCGGCGGACAUGGCGGCCGUGUGAACUGUGUGUUCGGGGCCUGCACAGCGGGAAGAGCCGGACAUGGCGGCCCCGCGCACGCUUCGCGCUUAGCGCCCACCGGGGGGCAGUUACCCGUCGCGGCCUAGCGAGCCCCGGUCUCUGGUAGGCGCCCUGCCUGCGUGGGCCCGGGCUUGUUUUGAGGAGAGCUCGAGGACCGGGAGGGGGCGGCCUGGAGGUGUGUCUGUGUUUACAGUGUGAGUUCUGUCCAGCUGCUGGGACUACACGGGCAGCACUGUGGCUGAGCAUCAUGGGAGCUGGAGUCCAUAGCAGGGAGAAAUGAGCAAAGUGGCUUCCAGCUUUUAUUACAAUAAAAAAGAACUUUGCAUUUUGUGAAGAAACAGUGAUAUGUAAAAGAUUGAAGGUAACAAUUACGUGGGUCCGCUGUGCUGUGUAUGGAUUUUAAUGCUCUGUUUUGAUUUUAUAAAACAUUGAUCCCAUGGUCUGAAGAAAGGAGCAGGGGUGGGGGAAAAAAAGAAAUGGAAGGUUCCUCAAAGCCAGCCAAUCAUGAGUCAAGGAAGCCUCUGGCCCGUACAAGCCAUGGAGAAAUUAGAGGGGUGCGUGUGGUGACCAACCAGAAGCACAAACACAGAGGGGACAGCAAAUUGGUCAGAGAUGUCGAAGUAAGCUCCCUGAAUAUGGAUAAGGGAAAGCAGAAUGAGCCCCGUGGUGCAGUUUGGGGAGAUGUGUCCCCCACCAAAGACUGCGCAGCUUCUAAUGCUACUGGGUUAAAGGACUCGGAAUUGAAUCUACAGGAAGGUCAGACAAGAGCCAAGUUAUAUUCACCACAAGCUGGGAGCAUCAAGCAACUGCGAGCAGCAAAGGCAGAGCCAAGCCCCCUGAAAUCAAAGGAGCCUGAAGAGAGCACCAGAAAGCAGAAUCCAAAUGGUGAACUCAAGGAACUACUUUUAGUGAAUGGUCCAAUAAGAAGCAUCAACCCAUCAGCUGUGAUGGAGGACAAAUCUGAUGGUCAGCAGAAGACCCCUGUCCUACCCAGCACAAUGAAUAAAACGUCUGGCCAAAGCCUUGGCACAGAGAGAAUCAAUGGUGACGCCAAGACUACAGGAGAAUCUACACUGGCAGAACAAGAAUUGGGACUGAAACAGGCGGAAGAGCGGCUGCAGAGGGAUUGUAUCUACCGUCUAGUUAGGAGAUCGCCUGACUUCCCCAGCUACCAGUAUCUGUGCAGACUCUGCUCCAUUCACAUCGAAAACGUCCAAGGAGCACACAAGCACAUAAAGGAGAAACGUCACAAAAAGAACAUACUGGAAAAACAGGAGGAGAAUGAACUGCGGUCACUACCCCCUCCAACCAUGGCACAGAUAGAUGCUAUUAGUGUAACCUUGAUAGAUACUGCAAAAGAAUAUGGAAUAUCUCAGGAGGACUUUAUUUUACGUCAGGACAUUAUGAACAACAUGGAGAAAAUUAUCCAAAUGAAGUUACCUGAAUGUUCUCUAAGAAUGUAUGGCUCCUCCUUGACCAGAUUCGCCUUGAAAACAAGUGACAUUAAUAUUGAUGUUAAGUUUCCCCCCAAGCUGACCCAGCAAAAUGUUCUAAUAAAAGUACUUGAGAUUUUGAAAAACUGUACUUGUUACACAGAUGUAGAAUCGGAUUUCCAUGCAAAAGUCCCUGUUGUGUUUUGCAAUGAUAAAAACAGUGGGUUAACAUGCAAAGUGAGUGCUGGGAACGAGACUGCAUGCCUUACCACAGAGUUGCUGACUGCCCUUGGUAAGCUGGAGCCGGUCCUCACUACGCUGGUGGUCGUGUUCCGAUACUGGGCCAGGCUGUGCCAUAUAGAUUCUCAGAUGGAAGGUGGGAUCCCGUCUUACUGUUUUGCCUUAAUGGUGGUGUAUUUCCUUCAGAAAAGACCAUCACCAAUACUACCAGCAUACCUGGGAUCCUGGAUCGAAGGUUAUGACUCCAGGAAGCUUGAUGAAUACCACUUGCAGGGAGUGUCUGAGGGAAAGUACGUGGAUUGGGAACACAAGCAACCAAGCCCUACUGACAGCAAGAAUUCAUUGACAGUGGAUACUGGCAUUAGGGCUGAUCUGAACCACAGGAAAGCUGGAUUAGAAGGAGAGAAUGGGAAGAACAAAGUCAAGCAAAGAAGGAGCCCCUUGGUGUUUGAACAGACUUGCCAGGUGGUGGUUGGACAGCUAUGGUUGGAGCUGCUAAAGUUUUACACACUGGACUUUGGCGUUGAGGAAUAUGUGAUUAGCGUGCGUGUCCACGAUGUGUUAUCCAGGGACAACAAGAACUGGCCCCGAAGGCGGAUAGCCAUUGAAGAUCCUUUUGCUACAAAGCGGAAUGUUGCCAGAAGUCUAAACAGUCAGAUGGUGCACGAGUACAUUCAGGAGCGCUUCAGAGGGGCCUACAGAUAUUUUGCGUGCCCACAGAGCAAAGCACGGAAUAAAUCCAGAUUGGAUAUUAGGAAGAAGGGCAAGCUGCACAGGUUGUUAAAGCCAAGGGAUCAUUUGGUUAACGGCAGCCUUAUAGAUGACGAACCUUGUGAUACAAUGGAACAGGAUGAAACUGGAAAAGAUAUGCUGGAAUGCAAUGGCCCAGUCCAUUGGGGGCAAUGUAAGGACGAAGGAGACCUGUCAGAUGAACUUGUAAGGGACAUAGAUGAGUCGGACUCUGAUUCAGACAUUCUCUCCGCCAUUGCAGACUUUGAAAAUACUACUGAAAAUAGGUGCAACUCACGGUCUCUGGAAGCUAAUUGCUUGGACAGCUGCACUAAUGCUACCUCGCUCCAUCAUGAAGCCCUUAAGGAUGAAGGAAGCCUCAGUGAGGACGAUUUAUACUAUGUCUUUGACAAGUUUAUUUUGACUUCUGGGAAGCCUCCCACCAUAGUCUGCAGUAUCUGCAAGCGUGAUGGGCAUUCUAAGGAGGACUGUCCUGAGGAUUUCAAAAAAAUUGAGCUGAAGCCUUUGCCACCUAUGAAUGAUAUAUUCCUAAAUAUUUUGGAUAGCGUGUGCAGGCGGUGCUAUGAAAACCUCUCUCCAAAUCCUUGUGAGCAACAAAAUAGAGAGCAAAUCCUUGCGUAUUUGGAAAGGUUUAUCCGUAAAGAGUUUAAUGGAAACGCCAGAUUGUGCUUGUUUGGCUCAUCUAAAAAUGGUUUUGGGUUCCGGGACAGCGACCUUGAUAUCUGCAUGACCCUUGAAGGCCAUGAAAACGCAGAGAAGCUUAACUGCAAGGAGAUAAUUGAAGGUCUGGCUAAAGUUCUUAAAAGGCACCCAGGGUUAAAAAAUAUAUUGCCCAUUACAACAGCCAAAGUCCCCAUUGUGAAGUUUGAGCAUAAAGAGAGCGGAAUGGAAGGGGAUAUCAGCUUGUAUAAUACUCUGGCUCAGUACAACACAAGAAUGCUUGCUACGUAUGCAGCCAUUGACCCUCGAGUGAAAUAUCUGGGAUAUGCUGUGAAAUUCUUUGCCAAGCGUUGUGACAUUGGCGAUGCCUCCAGGGGGAGCUUGUCGUCUUAUGCCUACAUUCUGAUGGUGUUAUAUUUUCUUCAGCAGAGGAACCCUCCUGUUAUCCCAGUGCUGCAGGAGAUUUAUGAUGGACAAGAAACGCCAAAGAGAAUGGUGGAUGGCUGGAAUGCCUUCUUCUAUGAGAACACUGAAGAUCUGAGAAACAGAUCCCCUUUCCUUGGGCAAAACAAGGAAUCUGUAGGUGAGCUUUGGCUGGGCUUCCUUCGAUUUUACACGGAGGAAUUUGACUUUAAGGAAUAUGUCAUCAGCAUUCGCCAGAAGAAACUUCUAACCACCUUUGAGAAGCAGUGGACUUCAAAAUGUAUUGCAAUUGAAGAUCCUUUUGACCUAAAUCACAACCUUGGAGCAGGAGUCUCUAGAAAAAUGACUAUUUUCAUCAUGAAGGCGUUUAUUAAUGGAAGGAAACGAUUUGGUACUCCGUACUACCCGCAUCCUGGUCAUGAAGACGAAUACUUCUUUGACUCAAAAGUCCUAACAGAUGGAGAGCAUGCACCCAAUGACCGUUGCUGUCGAGUCUGUGGGAAGAUUGGGCACUACAUGAAAGAUUGCCCUAAACGCAAGAGGAUUAAAAAGAAGGAAAAUGAGAAAGAUGACGACCGGGACAUAAAGGAGGAUGAUAGAGAUCACCGGGAAAAGAGGUGUUUUACAUGUGGGGACGUGGGGCAUGUGCGAAGGGACUGUCCUGAAAAUAAUCCGAUCCGGCAAAAGAACAUGCUGACUUCCCAGCUGUUGCAUAGCCUAAUCUCCCCACAGCCAGUCCUCGCAUCAUUGCAACAAUUGGAACGUCCUUCGUGUCCAAGGCAACCCUCUGACUUGUCUGAAUCCCAUCAUUCAUCUUACUCUCCGCAGCCUCAGCCAUUCCAGCAAAAUUCCAUGAAUCAAAAGCAGCAGAACAAGCAUGGUGCGCAGAAACCUCACCAGGUUCCGAGGCCGGCGUUUAAUUUCCAACACACACCCCAUUACUCUGCUCUGCACAACUUGGGAUUACUCUCGUUGCACCCCCAAAUUAUUCCUAAUAACUCUUGGCCAAUCCACAAUCCAAUGCUUCAGUCUUCUGUGAAGCCACCUCAUUCUGGUGUCAAAUUCUCAGCUAGAUCAGGCAGCAGCAGUCCCUCCACUAACCAGAGCGCUAUAAAUCUGAAUGACCCCAGUAUCAUCUUUGCUCAACCUGCAGCCAGAUCGCUGGGUGCUCCAAACACCACCCGCGAUGGACUCUGGCACAACUCUCAGAAUCCCAACUCACUUAUGAGCAAUGGCACAGUGGGUAGCACAGAUCAGGGAUUUCAAGGGCCCUUUGGAAAGCCUUCUCCACCUUGGGAGCAUGGAAAUGCUCCACACUACCCUCUAAUUCAAGGAUCGUUGCCUUAUAAUUUGCCCCAGAAUUUAUUGCAUCAAGGGGCAGGCAGCUAUCAUUCCAAGGCUUAUUACCCACAAGCUGCCUCCCUUAUCCAAAAUGGUAACCAGUUCCCAUUGUUAUCACAAGGGCAUCCACAUCUAAAAUCAAGCUACAUCCAUCAAAAGAAGUAAAUCUCAAUGAAGAAUCCUUCAGCCGCCGUGGAGCUUUUAUUUUUAUUUUUUCUUGCUACUCAUGAGACCUUGUGAAGUCAUCCAUAAUAUGGACAGAAGAGAGCAGGGCACUUGGGACACCAGGACUUUUAACUUGUACUAUUUUGUACAUAUGUAAAAUUUUGUUUUACUGGAAUCAUUCCUUUGAGUGAUGCUAAUUUCUUUUAUUUCAUUGCCCCAUUUUAAGGGGAGUCUUGCAUAAUAUCCCAAUGAAAAGUGAAAAAAACAGGGGAAUGGGCAAUUAAGUCCUUAAAUAGAGAGCUUUUUUAAAAUAGUUCUUUAUUUUCUAUUAGCUUUGUUCAUAAUUCAGCUGCUUCAAGCUCUCUAUAAAUGUAUAUAUUUUAGUUAUAAAAGAGGAUUUAAAAAGAAAAAUGUAAUUUUUUUAAUGUCUUUUUAUUUUGCUCUGGAGCAGGUGCCAAAAAUAUUUUAAUGCUGAAGUCUUUCUUUGGUACCAGUGAAAAGGCUGUUUUAUCAGAUUGUGCCCCAUGAAGUGAAAGAAGAAAAGAAAAAAAAAAUACUUUUUUUAUUGAAAUGAAACUCCAAGCUGCAAAUUGUAACAUUUGAUAAAUUGGUUUCUUCAUUUUUAAUAAAACUGAGAAUACAAA